GUUGUCACCGUUCUCAUCGUUGUCUCUGUUGUCAUCGUUGUCACUUUUGUCACCGUUGUCGUCGUUGCCACUGUUGUCAUCGUUUUCACUGUUGUCACCGUUGUCACUGUUGUCAUCGUUGUCACUGUUCUCACUGUUGUCAUCGUUGUCACUGUUCUCAUGGUUGUCACUGUUGUCACCGUUGUCAUCGUUUUCACUGUUGUGAUUGUUUUCACUGUUGUCACUUUUGUCAUCGUUGUCACUUUUGUCAUCGUUGUUACUUUUGUCACUGUUGUCACCAUUGUCACUGUUGUCACUGUUGUCACCGUUGUCACCGUUGUAAUCGUUGUCACUGUUGUCACUGUUGUCACGGUUGUCACCAUUGUCAUUGUAUUCAUCGUUUUCACUAUUGUGACCGUUGUCACUGUUGUCACCGUUGUCAUCGUUGUUACUGUUGUCACUUUUGUCGCCGUUGUCACCGUUGUCACCGUAGUCACUGUUGUCGCUGUUCUCACCGUGGUCACUGUUGUCACCGUUGUCACUGUUGUCACCAUUGUCACCGUUGUCACUGUUGUCACUGUUGUCACCGUUGUGACUGUUGUCACCGUUCUCAUCGUUGUCUCUGUUGUCAUCGUUGUCACUGUUGUCACCAUUUUCACUGUUGUCGCUGUUGUCACCUUUGUCACCGUUGUCACUUUUGUCACCGUUUUCAUCGUUGUCACUUUUGUCAUCGUUGUCACUGUUGUCACCGUUUUCACUUUUGUCACCGUUGUCAUCGUUGUCACUCUUGUCAUCGUUGUCACUGUUGUCACCGUUGUCACUGGUGUCACCGUUGUCAUCGUUGUCACUGUUGUUAUCGUUGUCACUGUUGUCACCGUUGUCACUGUUCUUACUGUUGUCUACGUUGUCACUGUUGUCACCGUUGUCACUGUUGUCACUGUUGUUACCGUUGUCACUGUUGUCAUCGUUGUCACUGUUGUCAUCGUUGUCACUGUUGUCACCGUUGUCACUGUUCUUACUGUUGUCACCGUUGUCACUGUUUUCACCGUUGUCGCCGUUGUCACUGUUUUCACCGUUGUCAUCGUUGUCACUAUUGUCAUCGUUGUCACUGUUGUCACCGUUGUCACCGUUGUCACUGUUGUCACCGUUGUCUUCGUUGUCACUGUUGUCACUCUUGUCACCGUUGUCACUGUUGUCAACGUUGUCACCGUUGUCACUGUUGUGACCAUUUUCACCGUGUCACGGUUGUCACUGUUGUCACCGUUGUCACUGUUUUCACCGUUGUCACCGUUGUUACCGUUGUCGUUGUUGUUACUGUUGUGACCGUUGUCACUGUUGUCAUUGUUAUCACUUUUUUCACUCUUUUUACCGUUGUCACUUUUGUCACUGUUGUCCCCGUGGUCACUGUUUUCACUGUUGUCACGGUUGUCAGUGUUGUCAUUGUUGUCACCGCUGUCACCGUUUUCACCGUGUUACCGUUGUCACUGUUGUCUCCGUUGUUACCGUUGUCACCGUUGUCACUGUUGUCACCGUUGUCACCGUUUUCACUAUUGUCACUAUUUUCACGAUUGCCACUGUUGUUACCGUUGUCACCGUUGUCGUUUUUGUUACUGUUGUCACUGUUGUCAUUGUUGUUACCCUUGUCACUGUUGUCACUGUUGUCACUUUUGUCGCCGUUGUCACCGUAGUCACUGUUGUCGCUGUUCUCACCGUGGUCACUGUUGUCACCGUUGUCACUGUUGUCACCGUUGUCACUGUUGUCACCGUUGUCACUGUUGUCACUGUUGUCCCCGUUGUGACUGUUGUCACCGUUGUCAGCGUUGUCUCUGUUGUCAUCGUUGUCACUGAUGACACCAUUUUCACUGUUGUCACGGUUGUCACCAUUGUCAUUGUAUUCAUCGUUUUCACUAUUGUGACCGUUGUCACUGUUGUCACCGUUGUCAUCGUUGUUACUGUUGUCACUUUUGUCGCCGUUGUCACCGUUGUCACCGUAGUCACUGUUGUCGCUGUUCUCACCGUGGUCACUGUUGUCACCGUUGUCACUGUUGUCACCAUUGUCACCGUUGUCACUGUUGUCACUGUUGUCACCGUUGUGACUGUUGUCACCGUUCUCAUCGUUGUCUCUGUUGUCAUCGUUGUCACUGUUGUCACCAUUUUCACUGUUGUCGCUGUUGUCACCUUUGUCACCGUUGUCACUUUUGUCACCGUUUUCAUCGUUGUCACUUUUGUCAUCGUUGUCACUGUUGUCACCGUUUUCACUUUUGUCACCGUUGUCAUCGUUGUCACUCUUGUCAUCGUUGUCACUGUUGUCACCGUUGUCACUGGUGUCACCGUUGUCAUCGUUGUCACUGUUGUUAUCGUUGUCACUGUUGUCACCGUUGUCACUGUUCUUACUGUUGUCUACGUUGUCACUGUUGUCACCGUUGUCACUGUUGUCACUGUUGUUACCGUUGUCACUGUUGUCAUCGUUGUCACUGUUGUCAUCGUUGUCACUGCUGUCACCGUUGUCACUGUUCUUACUGUUGUCACCGUUGUCACUGUUUUCACCGUUGUCGCCGUUGUCACUGUUUUCACCGUUGUCAUCGUUGUCACUAUUGUCAUCGUUGUCACUGUUGUCACCGUUGUCACCGUUGUCACUGUUGUCACCGUUGUCUUCGUUGUCACUGUUGUCACUCUUGUCACCGUUGUCACUGUUGUCAACGUUGUCACCGUUGUCACUGUUGUGACCAUUUUCACCGUGUCACGGUUGUCACUGUUGUCACCGUUGUCACUGUUUUCACCGUUGUCACCGUUGUUACCGUUGUCGUUGUUGUUACUGUUGUGACCGUUGUCACUGUUGUCAUUGUUAUCACUUUUUUCACUCUUUUUACCGUUGUCACUUUUGUCACUGUUGUCCCCGUGGUCACUGUUUUCACUGUUGUCACGGUUGUCAGUGUUGUCAUUGUUGUCACCGCUGUCACCGUUGUCACCGUGUUACCGUUGUCACUGUUGUCUCCGUUGUUACCGUUGUCACCGUUGUCACUGUUGUCACCGUUGUCACCGUUUUCACUAUUGUCACUAUUUUCACGAUUGCCACUGUUGUUACCGUUGUCACUGUUGUCAUUGUUGUUACCCUUGUCACUGUUGUCACUGUUGUCACUUUUGUCGCCGUUGUCACCGUAGUCACUGUUGUCGCUGUUCUCACCGUGGUCACUGUUGUCACCGUUGUCACUGUUGUCACCGUUGUCACUGUUGUCACCGUUGUCACUGUUGUCACUGUUGUCCCCGUUGUGACUGUUGUCACCGUUGUCAGCGUUGUCUCUGUUGUCAUCGUUGUCACUGAUGACACCAUUUUCACUGUUGUCACGGUUGUCACCUUUGUCACCGUUGUCACUUUUGUCACCGUUGUCAUCGUUGUCACUGUUGUCAUCGUUGUCACUGUUGUCACUGUUUUCACUUUUGUCACCGUUGUCAUCGUUGUCACUCUUGUCACCGUUGUCACCGUUGUCAGUGUUGUCACCGUUGUCAUCGUUGUCACUGUUGUCACCGUUGUCACUGUUCUUACUGUUGUCACCGUUGGCACUGUUGUCACCGUUGUCACUGUUGUCACUGUUGUUACCGUUGUCACUGUUGUCACCGUUGUCAUCGUUGUCACUGUUGUCAUCGUUGUCACUGUUGUCUCCGUUGUC